CCCUCCAACUUGCACCCCGCCCAUGUGACCACAGCCAGCCCGGCCAAGCGGAUCACCUUCUACAAAAGCGGCGACAGUCAGUUCGGGGGCGUCAGGAUGGCCGUCCACAAGCGCAGCUUCAAAUGCUUCGACGCCCUGCUGGACGACCUUUCCCAAAAGGUGCCCCUGCCAUUUGGCGUGCGGACCGUGACCACUCCCCGCGGCAUCCACGCCAUCAAGCACCUGGAGCAGCUCCAGGACGGCGGCUGCUAUCUCUGCUCUGACCAGCGCCAGGCCAAACCAGUCAACAUGGAGCUGGCCGGCAAGCGUCCGAGCAUCUGGCACCACCACAGCCGGAAGCCCCAGCGGCCCGAGUCCUCAUCCGCAACGCCGCCUGGCCAUUCCUCUUACAGGCAGCGACGGAUCCUGCUGGUGAAGAACAGCGAGCCGGGAAUGAGGAGGAGCGUGGUGCUCAGCCGGAGGUCCACCAGGAGCCUGAGGGCCUUUCUCGAUGAGGUGUCCGAGGUGAUGCAGUUUCAUGUCCGCAAGCUCUACACUGCUGAGGGGCGCAGGAUUGACAGCGUGCAAAGCCUCAUGACUUGUCCUGGUGUGUUGGUGUGUGUCGGUCGGGAAGCUUUCAGCCAAGUGCUGGUGAACUUCAUCAGGAAGAGCUCAGAUGAAAAACUGCCCGGUCUGGGCAGCAGGUCUCCUGUUCUAGGCCCCAGGACUCCUGGUAAUGGGGCACGAUCUCCUGCUGCUCAAGGAGUGAGAUCUCCACCUCAUGGAGCUCAGUCCAGAGCCAGCGAGUACAGUGAAGGGCCUGAAGGCAAGAAGAAUGUAAACUUUGGUCUGGAAACCAAAAAAAGCAUCAUCCACCCUCGAUCUGAUUCCUCAAACCGCUCAACCCGUUUCUCCUUGUCUUCAGAGAAGUCGUACGGCAAUGGUGUCAGCGCCUCCUCCCACGCCAGGCCGGCUAUUAUGAACGACGACAUUGAAAAGCGGGUCCUGGUCAACAAAGACGGCAGCCUCUCAGUAGAGAUGAGGGUGCGUUUUCGCCUCCACAAUAACGAGACCCUCCAGUGGUCUACACAAGUAAAAAAAUCCCCAUCUCUGAAUAAUGAAUGCUGCCCACUGAGCCAGGCCCAGCCCCACUACCUGCGGCAGGGUCAAUCAGAGAGCUGCUCUGACCCUGACUCCACAACCUUCGACCCUGAAGGUGGGGACUAUUCCAACAAACCUCUGCAACGUGUGUUGGAGGGGAACAACUGCCCCUGCUGCUACCAGAGACCGGAACAGCAGUACGACUUGUGGGAGAACCCAGCCCACCGCCUCAGAAAGCCUCCUGUCCCUCCUCCACAUGAAUCCAGCUGCACACACACUGUGAUGAGACACACACACUCUUCCAGCUCUUCCUCGUCGUGUAAUUCCAGGAGGCUGGUGCGCUGUCGAGCCCGGGUCUCCAACUGCGGAGGAGGUUCGGAGCAGAGCCAUCUGGUGCAGGAGGAGAUGUUUUUGACGGAGCAGGUUGAGCGCAGAGUAGAGGUGGAGAAGGAUGAAGAAACCCAUGUCGAGGUGUGCAGAGUGAGCCGAUGCUGCAGCCGAAGUGAAGUAGACCGACGGCCUCUUAGCAGGAAGUCAGUCGAGGAUGAGCUAAUGAUGGAAGAAGAGGAGGAGCGUGUUGCGUCUGCCAUCAGUAGCUCCUCCCAUGUCCUUCAAUCGCUGAUAGAGGACCAGGAUGAUGACCUGCUGCCCAGCGCUUCACAGUGCUGUCAUAGCAACGGACCAUCUCCAUGCCCGACCUCCCAGACUCGCCUGGAUGACGAACAGACCAGCAACGUCUCGGCCGGUUCCGUCCACUCUAAAGAACACAAGAAGGGUGAUGAGGAGACAGGAAGCAGAGCCGUAUCUGCGGCCUCUUCCUGUCACUGCGGAGGAGCUGACCCGCAUUCGACAGCCGAAGCGGAGGAGAUGGAUCGAGCUCCAAGCUCCAAGUCCAAAACGAGCAGAGCCUCCUGCAGGUCCAGCAAAGCCAAGGUCGCAAACUCAGAGGAAGAGGGGGCUGCAGAUGAUGAGGAUGAAGAUGUAAAAAGGGUUCUCAGUGGCUUGUCUGGUCACACAGAACUUUCUCUGCAGUCAAGGGCAUCCAGUGUAUGUCUUAAUUGUGGCGGCUGCAAACGAGAGGUCAACUCUGAUUCAAACAGUAGAGCAUCGCAGAAGUCCCAUCAUUCCAAACCAGCCUCUUCAAAGCCCCAAACACCUCUCUCCAGCCAAGAGGUUGGCAGCGAUGGUGAGGAUGAUGGCUCCGAAGGUUCGGCCUCGUCAACGCAAUCUAACAGGACUAACCUCACCAACAAUGGGCGCUGCUCUGCAUCAUCAAACGUCCUGAUGGGAAGUGCACCGAGUGCCAUGUCCAGAACGUCUAAUCCGGAGUUGGCAGGAAAAGAGGAAGUUAGGGCUCCUCGUGCCGCCUCAGCCACAAGUCACAGGUCAAAUAGGUCACACAAGUCUGGCUGUAAAGGCAGUGGUGCUGAAGAAAAAGACGAGGGGAGAAGCCCGAGUGCCGUGUCGGCUCAGUCCAACAUGUCCAGCAGGUCUCACAAGUCCAACUGCAGUGCAACAGCUGACAUAAAGACAAGAGAGGAGGCAGAGGGAGAGUACACUGUGGAGAGAGCACGGAGCUCCUUGUCAGACAAAUCUGGUGCUUCGGCAAAGACCAUUGCUUCAGCCAAGAAGGAGGAUGCCACUAUUGAAAGAACUCCCAGUGCACUUUCUGUUAAGCCUGACAAGUCGCAAAGACCUGAUAGCGUCUUGUCUGCUAAAUCAGCCAAUUCAAAUGUGUCAGUGAAGUCCGGCACAUCUCACAGGUCCACUUGCAGUCACUGUGUGAGAGCAGUAUCUCCAGCUGAUGAACCCAAAGCAACUGGACAGGAAGAAGGAAUUGAGGCAGAGGAGCGAGCUGUGAGUGCCAUGUCAGCCAAAUCUAAUCUUUCUGCCAAGUCCGAUAAAUCCCAUAUGUCCACCAAAGCUCCAGAAAGGUCACUUUCUUCCAGGUCUGAAACUGGAGAAGCCGGAGAAGGAAGGGCAGCGAGUCAAAGGUCUGACAGAUCGGUCAAGUCUUCAAUGUCAUGCAAGACUAACGAUGAAAUCGUUGGAUCGCCAAGCUCCAAGGAAAAUGAGAUGCUAGAAGAUGAACAGCACAGAAGUGGAAGUGUAAUUUCUGCUCAAUCAGCCUCCUCUGCCAAGUCCGGACGCACAAAUUCUCCAGCCAAAGACACGGCGAAGACAAGCGACAGAAGCCCCAGCGCCAUGUCGGUGAAAUCGCACACCUCUGCGAAGUCCUCCAAAUCACAGAAGUCGAACCGAACCACAGCAUCUCCAAAUCCAAAUGAAGACGAUAUUCCUUCUGCUGAGACGAAUGGACAAGCGGAGCAAAAUGAAAAUGGCCGGGUGGCCAGUGUCCUCUCUGUAAAGUCAAAAUCAUCAGUCAGCUCCCGUACGUCUCACAAGUCGACCAGGAAUCUCAGACCGGUGUCAACAAAUCCAAACGUCACCAUUAAAUCACCAGACAAUGAGGAAAGAAAUGGGAGAGCACAGAGCGCCGCAUCUGUUAAAUCUACAGUUUCGACUUCAUCACGCAAGUCCAAUCGCAAUAGAGCAGCAGAUGAAAAUGUUGUGGAGGUCAAUGCACCACAAAGUAAAUCUCAGGGCCAAAUGCUCUCACCCAGGAGUGCAUGUCCCUCGCGGACCCAGUCACCCAAAGCUGGCCCCAGUGUCGGAGAGACAAGAGGGCCCAGUGCCUUGUCGGUUACCUCCACCAUCUCUGCAAAGUCUGGCAAAUCCAAAUGCAGCUGUGGAGCAGCUUCAGCAAAGGACGUAAAGGAGCAAGUUAAUGAGGAGCUGGAAAAUGAGGAGUCUUCUGAUCGGGCUGCCAGCGUCCUGUCGUCCUCAACCAAAAGGUCGAGGAGAGAUUCGGGAGGCACAGAGCAACCGCUGAGUCGAAACUCUUCGGAGUCAGUCUCACUCGGGUUGCCAGAAGACCAAGACACGGUCGACUCUGAUAGUGGCAAGUCCAGUGUUUUUUUUCACACAACCGCUGAGAGAAAGAGAAGAGUGAAGACAGCAACUCCUUGUGUCCACGAAAGCACAGAGCAGUCUUUAACAAAGGAAGAAAGGGAGGAAACCGGGUCCAUCAUGUCUCAAAAGUCCAGCUGUAAAACCACUCGCAAUCGCCCAGCAGUCGACAUCCCUACUAUCGAAACACCAGGAGGGAGUCAGCACAGAGGAGAAGAAGCUGGGGAGCAAACAACAGAAAGAGGAGCCAGUGCGUUUUCAGCCAAAAGCAGCCAGUCCCACAAGUCGUCUUGUAGCUGUGGUGUCAAAGCAGGAAAUUACCUCGAAACAGGAAGUGUGAGGUCUGCUUCAGCGACUAGCAUUGUGGGCGCGCCCGACAGCAGGACUACAUCUGCAGGUUCACCAGCAAGUGCUAAAGUUCAGAGCAAAUCCCCUGCAAGUGCCAGCGCCAAGAAAGUUGAUGUAGACAGAAAUUUAGGACAUAACGUCACUGAAAAUCAGGCCAUCAGUCGACCAGCUAGCAAGGCCAUUGGGAAAGAGGAUAUGGCAGACAGCAAGAGUCCCUGUGGUCUCAAAGGAGAGGAUUCAGUCAAAGAUCAAAAGGCCAAAUCCAGUGGCAGUGUCAAAACGUCCAGUUCCCAAAAGAAAGAAAUGAAAUCCUCAAGCCCCUGUCCCGUCCACAGCCCCAGACCAGGCAGCAGAGUGGAGACACGUAGUGAGAGCCCCCUGUCUCGCUCUCUGUCCGCCGCCGACAUGCUGAAGGAAACCAUGGCUGAUGCGCAACAAUCGAAGGCCAAUAAAACCAGUGCGAAGUCCACAACGAAAAGGCGGGAGAGGAGCAGGAACCAGGCGGAUCAGGAGGAGCUGGAGCUGUCACCCGCCUGUCUGCCCAACGCUUCCCCCAACGAGGUCGUCAGCGACUGGCUGCGGAGCAUUCCCGCGAACAGCAGCAUGCUGGCGCUUGGCGACGAGCCGCACGAGGAGGUGUCUCCAGUUUAUGGGCGGAGACUGAGCACAUCAGCCAGGGGCCUCUUGGACUGUUUGGCCCAGCUCCAGCUCAUCAAGCCAGCAUUGAGCCCUGGCUUUGACCCAAAGAAGGACCAGCACUAUGAGGAAAUCAUGGCCAUCCUUCAGUCCCUCUGGCUCACUGAACCCAGGAACACUGAGAAAGAGGAGGCCAAGGAGGCCAAGGACGUUGGCACAGAGCAGGUGUCUCCGCCAAGGUCCUCAUCCGGGCUGGGAAUGAGCAGUGGCUCUGGCGGAUCAGGGAAGGAGAAUGGAAACCCACCUGGAGGUGAACCGACGGCAAGCAAAACAAAAGAGGCCUCUUUACAUGAGGAUGGGGGAGCGGAGAAGGUGGUCGAAGAGGAACCGGCACAGAGUGAAGAACAAUGUACAGUCCCUCCGAGUCUGGAGAGCGCAAAAGCUCCCGACAACCCCUCGUCGUCGGACAAGAGCUCUGCCAAUGACAGCUCCAAAUCCCCCACCGAUAAUGAACGCGAGACGGCGGAUGACUCCAGCUCCGCCACGCCCUCGACCGUCCUGCGAGCACCCUUGUCAAAAAGACAAUCCCAAGACCCCGAUCCUGUGUGGGUCCUGCACCUCCUGAAGAAGCUGGAGAAACAGUUCAUGAGGCACUACAUCAGCGCCAUGGCGGAGUUCAAAGUCCGCUGGGACCUGGACGACAGCCUCGUGCUGGACGCCAUGAUGGACGAGCUGAGGGACGAGGUGAGCCGACGCAUCCAGAGCAGCGUCGAGUGCGAGGUGCAGAAGAUUCAGAGUCGCGCCGGCAGAGGGGGCAGGUUGCCCCGGCCACCGCAAAGAGGGAACCUCUCCAGGGAGUCCACCGUGACGGAGAAUAGGCGUCGGAUACUGAAGGUCAUGAAAAAACAGUCGUUGAAAACCGCCGAGUCCUUGAGCGACGACGACACGACGGGCGAGUUCAGCGACCAGCGGAGCGACGACGAGUACUGCCCCUGUGACGCUUGUGUCCGCAAGAAGAUGGAAGCCCGGCCUUUCAAAGCGAACCCGCUGGCGUCCGAAGCACCAGUGAUGAUGGAGUUUGACCUCCUUAAGAUACUGCAGCUGAAGAAAGACCCUGCGCCCGCAGCUGUGACCGCACAACCUGCGGCGGGGGGAGGUGAUAACAAUGUCGCAGACGAGGAGGGGAGGAGUUUAGAGGUACUGCAGGAGGAAGAGGAGGAGGAGGAGGAGGAGGAUGAUCAAACUAAAGAGGAUAUCAAAGCUCACAUUGUUUUAGAGGAGACGAUCCCAGAGGAAGAUGAGGAAUUGGCGAAAGAAGAGGAUGGGGAUGAGGCAGGAGAAGAGGAGGAGGUGGAAGUUGAAAAGGAGGAGGAAAGUAGUGCAGGUGAUGAGCAGCAGGGAGAAACAGGUGGUGAGGAAGCAGGGGAGGAGGAGAUGUCAGAAAAUGGUGAGGAAGAGGAGGAGGCAGAAUGCCACUGCCAGUCUGAUAUAAAUGAAGAGGGAGAGGAGGAAACAGCAGAAGGAGAAGAUGCGGAGGAAACUAGCGACAACACAGGUGAGGACGAUACAGGGGAGGAAGAUGAGAGAGAGGACGAGAAGGAGGAAGAGUGUGAGGUGUCUGAAUUUAAGAAGGAAGAAGAAGAAGAAGAAGAAGAAGAAGAUGAAGAAACAACAGGCAGGGAAAGUGGAGGAGAAGAGGCCUCCGGGGAAACGGAGGAUGAUAACGCUGCAAAAAGAGAAGACUCCACGCUGGUGGAGGAGUUUGGGAAGGGAAACAUCAGUGCCUCAGCAGAGGAGGAAGAUGAUGGAGAUGGGGAGUCACAUGAAGACGAAAAGGGAGGAGAGAGUGAAGAGCAGGGAGCGGAGGCAUCAGAGGAGGAAAGAGCCUCAUCAAAGGGCCAAGAGGUGACCGCAACUGAGGGAGAGGAGGCCGACUGCGAAGACUCGGACACCGACGGCAAACGUCGGAGCGACACCAGCGCCGACGACUCGGGACACGAGGGGGCCAGAACCACGGGGGAGGAGGGUGCUGUCGAAGUGUUCCCGUCUGAGGAAGAAGAGGUGCGCAAGAGGGAGGAUGGCGCUCUCCUCCAUCAGUUCACCAAGACCUCUGUGGAGUCCCAGUCCGGCUCCCUGGAGGACAUCGACACAGACGCGCACCAUCACCCGGUGAACUCCAUUGAAGUGCCCAAAAUGGCCACCGGCGGCAGCACGGGUCAGAGGAGGAGUCGCUCGCCGGGCAGGGCCCAGCGGCGCAAACCCAAAGAGACUGACGGCGAACUGGAUGACUUUUAACCCAGCUGGUAGAAUGAUGUAGGCUCACGGACUGCAACCACAAACUCCAACACUCAAAGCACUUUAUCUUUCCAGAUCCGGCGUACAAUCUUGAAACUUGAAACAACAACAGUAUCCUAUUAAGUUAUAUUUGUAUAUUUUUAAAGUUAAUUGUACUUACCAAGGGAUAUGUCUAUUACUGUAUUGCAUGUGUAUGAAUAAGGUAUAUUUUUGAAACAAAAAAACAAAAACAAACUCAGUGGACCACAAGUUUAUUGAUUUAUUAAUUUACCCAGUACCUCGGAGAUAUGUUAGAUGUUAACUGCCUGUUUCUGUAUUGUUCGACAGAACCAGUGUAUUGAUGCUAUCAGUUAAAUUCCUAGUCUCGUUUCAUUCUCUGGGGUUUGGAAGGUCAUCUCCUGGCUGUUACUUAACUACCAGCUUAAAUCUGUUUUAAAGCUCUGUGAUGUAACCUGAUUAUCUGAAAGGAAUCGUGUGACCUUUUUGAGUCCGAUAGGAUCGAUACCACUUCAGGUCUGAAGCUAAAGCCAGGAGAUGGUUAGCUUAGCUUAGCACAAAGACUAGAAGCGAAGGGGACAGCUAGCCUGGUGCUUGGGCUGUACUUUAAAGUUACUUUUGGAUCACUUUCCACCCCAAAAUGGACAGAAGGAAAAAUAUUUAUUUCUAAAUCGCAAACUGUAUUUUAGUAGCUUUAUUAUAAGAUGUAAAUACAGCAAUUAUACCUCAUUAUAUUUAUGUAGUCCGAUAAUUGUACCCAAGUUUUAUUCCCAGGUUUGAAGUUACAAAAAUGGGAGCAUCUCUGAGGCAAGCGUCUGGAUUUCAGGUUAAACUCUUUCUCUGCUGCUUAAACAUAAGAGGUGUGCGUUUGCAUGACCAGCAGUGUGAAAAGACAGCGUGAAGCUGAUGCCUUACUGUAGCCAUGGUUACAUGGCGGUAUUUGGCUGGAAUGGAUCAAAUCUGCUCGUUAAAAAAAUGCUCAAAAUAUAUACUUAAAAAAGUGAGCUGACCUCCAGGCUCACUCCCUAACUGACAAAAUCCUCCUGUGUGUGGUACCAAGGGUGGGAGUGUGUGCCUAUGCUGCUAUCUGUCCGUUUGGCUGUGAACAUCAUG